CCUCUACCCUCCAUAGUUACCAAUGUGACCAAUUAAUUACAAAGUAAAGUAAAAAUCAUGUAAAUUUAGAACAAUUAAUGGUGAAUCGAUAAAUGAAAUAAUAAAUGAAACCUAUAUAAUUUAUUUGUAAAACUAAGUGUAUUGCAGUACAUUUUUGACAAUUUAAUUUUAUUGAGGGGGUGAAUUGAAGUAUUUUUUUAAAAAGCUUGGACAGAUGUUGAUAUACAAUUCAAAACAGUAAGUGCAAUAAACUAAGCUAUCUGUACAGAAAGAUCGAGUUAUCUGUCAGGAUAAGGCAAUUUGUGCAAAAUCAUAACAACAUGCAAAAAUAAUUCCAGUAGUGCAAGGUUUUCCAAUAAUCGAUGGACCAGGCAGAUGGCCGCCUUAUGGAUGCUUCAAAACAACAAAAUGUUUAUUUGUAUAGUCAAUUGUACCUAGUCAAGACAUAAAAAAAAGGAAGACACUUGAUUGAAAACUAAAAUGUCUGAAAUAUUAAAUCUAAGCGCACUGUGUAGGUGUUGCCACACCAACGGUACAUUUAGAAAUCUGAAUUUAUCCUAUAGUUUAAUGGGAGAAACUGAAGUGUAUGUGGACAUGUUGCAUGAAACUUUUGGAUUAUUUUUAAGCCAACCAUCAAUAUUGGAAGCAAGCCACUCAAUUUGUGAUAUCUGUAUAGAAAAAUUAAGAAAUGCAUUGCAAUUCAAGAAACAGGUAGAGCACUGUGAAAUGAUGUUCACAGAUUACUGCAAAAAUGAGCUAGCACACCAAAUAGAAAUAAAAAAAGAAAAUACAAACACAGGUGAUAGCAUGGUUAUAAAACCAGAAAUCACUAUAAAAGUUGAGGAUAUCAACGACAAUUUUCAUGAUCAGGAAUACAUGAAAUUUGGUGCUGCUAAUAUAGAAGUACCUGGUAGUGAUCAAAACGAUGACUAUGAGAAAAAAAUAUUACAAAACGAGUGUCGGAAAAAUAACAUAGAUAUAGAUGAGCGACUAUCCAUAAACAAAUCACGAGGUCCCGAAAGAAGGCAGACAAAACAAUAUAAGUACCCCAUCAAAAGACUCAAAACGGAUAACAGCGUAGUUUACAUUUGCAGAAUUUGUAAAGGAAAUUUCGAAGCUCUGCGAAUUUUGAGAUUACAUCUACAGAAACAGCAUUCAAUAUUCUCUUGUGACGUUUGCAAAAAGACCUUCGAUAGAGUACACGCGUUGAAAAGACACAGAUUAUUACACAAAAGGCACGAGUGCAACAUAUGCGGCAAAAGUUUUAAACAACUAAAGACUCUGAUGGUUCACAAAAACACCCAUACCAAAGAAAAAGUCUACACAUGCGAUAUGUGUAAUAAAAAUUUCCCAUACAAAUCUACUUUGAAAAAACACAUAGCUUUCCAUUUGGGUAGAAAUAAAAAGUUCAUUUGCGACAUAUGCGGGAACGCGUUCAACGAUAGAACUAAUUUGAACAUCCACGUACGGAACGUCCACGAGAAACUGAGACUGUUCAAAUGCGACCAGUGCCCGAAAAUUUACGCUACGAAUAAAUCGCUAAGAGUGCAUCUAAGGAUGCACACUGGAGAACGUCCUUAUACGUGUGAACUUUGUGACAAAGCGUUUGUCUGCUCGAGUGCUUUAGCUAGGCAUACAAAAAGACACCAUACAAAAAACAAUUCCAAACCGACAAUUUACUCUUGCAAAAUCUGUGGGGAAGUCUACCAUAGCCGGGGUAGUUUCGCCUCACACACUAGGUCGCACAUCGGCGCCAAACCUUUCAUAUGCCAUAUCUGCGAGAAAGAUUUCUCGUGUAAGUAUUCUUUGAAGCGGCAUGUCGCAGCCCACCGGGGUAUUGAAAAAAUCACAUGCGAAAUAUGCAAUGCGAAGUUUACUGGCAAAGCGCAGAUGCAGCGACACGUGAGGAAUCUCCACGACCCGAACAAACAGUUCAAGCCGAAAGUGAAGUGCGAUUUGUGCAAACUGUCUGUAAGUGAUAUGGAGAAACAUAUGAAGAGUCAUACGGCCAGGACACACCGGUGCGGAUAUUGCCCGAAAACAUAUUCCGAAACAAGCGCCUUGAAUCGGCACAUCAAGGAGAAGCACAGUGGUGUUGAAUAUGAUUGCGAUCUGUGCGAUAAAAAAUAUGUUAAAGCGCGAAGCCUUAAAGUCCACAAAUUAAAAGUUCACAAAAUACCAUUGAAAGUAGAGCUGGAAGAUGACGGGCAAGCGGUGAAUUAAAAUAAUGUACCUAGUGCAGAAAAGUUACAUUCCUUUGGCGUUAAUCAAAAUUAAUUUAAAAUACACUACAUAAAAUACAACGAAUGAAAGUCAAUAAUAACUAACAUUUUCAUUUCAAAAUUAAACUUUAUUGUAAUAAAAAAAAAAUUGUGAAUUAGAUAAGUAAUUCUCAUUGGAGAAGACUAAUUUCAACGUGUGUUUAAUCUGUGCGCGUUUAAUUCGAAAAAAAAACACUAUCUGGUAUUGAAAAUGCGCCAAACGAAGUAUAACUUAAAAAAAUGUUUAGAUAUAUAAUAAUUAUGUACCUUAUAUGAAUAUCUUUGUGCAAUUUUAAUUGAUAAGUCUGAAAGUUUUAUUUAAAGAAUUUAUGAAGGAAGAGGUUCUUAAUUAGUUUUAUUAUACUAUUAAA